ACUCCUGUCACAUCUCAGUUAGCAUAGCUAACUAGCUAGCUAGUUGAUACCCUCGUAACCGUGUUGUUUUGCUCAUGCUGCGGUGUGUCGCCAGUUGCGGCUUCGGUGCAGGUGCAGGUGCGUCAGCAUGCUGUGGUAUGAACAUGUUUGUCAGCUAAGUCUAAGUAACCAAGGGUCAUGUGGAACCUCUGCAGAUGCUGAAUGAAAAAGUGGAGAGGUGGGGGGAAAGCUGCGCAGUGAAGCAUGAAUCUGCGAUGAACGACUCUCGAGAUCGUUUGGGGAUUCGGUCGGCGCAAGUCGAAGAACUGGGAAGGUUAUUUUGAUUACUCCUGGCUUCCUCAGCAUCCUGACUGGCGUUCUACGUGGAGGCGUGGACAAAAUGGCCAGUCCACGGCAGAGUGACUUGUCCUUUGCGUGGGAAAAGUACAUGGACUGUAGGCUUCAAGGUGCGGAUCUGCAGGUCAGCCUCCAAAGUCUAGAGAAUUUCCUCUGUCUCUUCCACUAUGUGCAGCAUCACCCUCAUCACACCAAAGACGCCCUGAAAUUCUGCUCAGACAUGAGUGGGGCCAGUAACACGCUGGCAAGGGAGUUCCUGACUGAUGUACACCAACUAUGCAGUGCAGUGGCACAGAGAGCGGAGGCACGGGAGGAGGAUGAGGAGGAAAGUCAUAUGGUUGCACUAGGGGAGUACCUCGUCAGAGGAAGAGGAUUUCUGUUACUUAGCACCCUAGAUUCCAUCAUUGAUCAGGAGCUGACUUGCCGAGAGGAGCUGCUAACUUUGUUGCUGUCUCUACUCCCACUGGUGUGGAAGAUCCCUGUACAAGAAGAAAAAGCACCAGAUUUCACCCUGCCGUCUUUAUUAGAGGUGUUCCUCAGCCGGGAGGUAAAGGCUGCACCUCUUAGAGCAGGACAGAAGAUUGGGACAGAUGAACAGGAAACCGGAAAGAGGCCACGUGUUGGCAGCGGCACCUGGAAAUCAAGGAGGUCACGUAGGACAGCCCAGAAAUACUCUGUAAAGGAUGCUCGGCGCUCCCAAAUUUCUACCUCAGAUUCAGAAGCCAAUGCUGAAGACAAGGCAGGCCCAAGUGGCACAAGGAGCAGAAAGUCUCAUGGUUCUACCCUCCGUGUACAUCAUCUACAUCAUCGUUUGGAAGCUACACAGUUAACGGACACAGCAACCACCAACACAGAAACCAUGAGUGCACCAUACCCCCAUCCCAGACUCUCUGGAUCUCACACAAUGGACACUGAAACCCUGACAGACCCAGCUGCAAUGUCAAUAUUCAAUCGCAUGGAGAACUCACCCUUUGAUCUCUGCUUUGUGUUACUUUCAUUACUGGAGAAAGUGUGUAAAUUUGAUAUGAGCAUCAGUCACAGUCCUGGCUUGGCAGUCAGUGUUGUACCAACGCUCACUGAGAUCCUGACAGAGUUUGGAGAUUGUUGUGGUCCAGGAGGCGAUGGUGGAACAGGAGCAGAAGAGCUUGCUGGGGGCUGGACAGAAGAACCGAUUGCAUUGGUCCAGAGGAUGCUCCUACGCACCAUCUUGCACCUAAUGUCAGUAGAUGUGAGUCAGAGUGAAACCCUUCCAGAUAGCCUGAGACGCAGCCUGACCGACCUGCUACGGGCCACCCUAAAAAUCCAAAGCUGUCUUGACAGACAGACAAAUCCAUUUGCUCCUCGACCCAAAAAGACCCUACAAGAAGUCCAAGAUGAUUUUUCUUUUUCCCGCUUUCGCCACAGGGCAUUGCUCCUGCCUGAGCUUCUAGAAGGGGUAUUGCAAGUUCUUCUGAGUUGCCUGCAUGCCUCAACACCCAACCCCUUCUUCUUUAGUCAAUCACUAGACCUCAUCCAUGAAUUUGUCCAACACCGUGGGCUGGAGCUUUUUGAAACUACAGUACUGCGUCUGGAGGAACUUGGGAGGGCCAGGGAUUCAGAAGUAGGCGGUGAGGCUUCAGAAAGACUACGAGGUCUAAUUGCCGGGGUCUUCAAGAUUGUAAGUGCUGUCAAGAAAGCAAAAUCAGAGCAGCUGCAUCAGUCCGUGUGUGCUCGACGUCGUCACCGUCGCUGUGAAUAUUCCCACUUCCUACAUCAUCACAGAGAUCUGUCGGGUUUGCCUGUCUCAGCUUUUAAGAUGGCUGCCAGGCGUAACCCCUUUGAAGAGGACGGCGAAGGAAAGGAAGGGAUGGAGCUUAUUGGAGUGCAUUACCCUGAGCGUUGCUGCUGCCUGGCUGCCUGUGCUCAUCAAUGCCUGCGGCUCCUGCAGCGUUUGUCGCCCAGUGGACCAGCUGUAUUGCAGGUACUAGCCGGGGUGCAGGCUGUUGGAAUCUGCUGUUGCAUGGACCCUCGUUCCGUGAUAAAACCACUCUUGGACGCCUUCCAAGCUCCAGGUCUACGUAGUUACCAGUCUCAUGUUCUCAGUGUUCUCAGCAGACUAAUACUAGACCAGCUUGGUGGAGGACAGCCCUCAGAGAAAUUGAAGCUUGCUUCAUGUAACAUUUGCACAUUGGACCAUAGUCAGUUGCCAGGCCUUGAGGAGACGCUACAACAUGGGCAACCUUCAGCUAUUUCUACCAGCCUGUGCUACCGCUCCCAGGGGAUUCUGCCAAGUGGAGGUGGUGCACAGGACAUGCUAUGGAAGUGGGAUGCCCUUGAGGCUUACCAAGAGCUUGUGUUUGGAGAUGACUGGCACCUGAGUCAACAUGUAGCUGGUCACGUUUGCCACUUGACACUGCGUGGCAAUGCUGUAGUGCAGUGGCAGCUAUACACACACAUCUUCAAUCCUGUGCUACAGCGAGGGGUCGAGCUAGCCCACCAUGCUCAACAGCUUGGGGUUUCGACAGUUUGCACCCAAGUAUGCAGCUAUCAUACACAGUGCCUGCCUGUGGAGGUACUACUCUUAUAUCUGCAAGCAUUACCUGCACUUCUCAAAUCUAGGGUUAUUCGAGAUCUUUUCAUCAGCUGCAAUGGGCUCAACCAGAUGACAGAACUGGUGUACCUUGACCAGACAUGCUCUUUAGCUUUGAAGGUGUUUGAAACUCUAAUAACCAGCCUUGGACACCAGCAGGCUGACUGCACGCUUCAGGAGCUGGAGAUUGCUGUUGCCGAAGAGAAGCAGACCGUCUCAAACCUGGCUGAGGAUCUCUGCUCUAGGGGAUCUGGAGAGGGUCCACAGAGCCUCAGCAAGUUCUAUGAAGGGCUGAAAGAGGCAUACCCGCGCCACAAGAGUCGUAAUGGGCAGGGCCGUGGAGCAGGCCGUAGCCAAGCCGAGACGCACCUCCAUGUCAUUAACCUCUUCCUCUGUGUUGCUUUUCUUUGCGUUAGCAAAGAAGCUGACUGUGACCGAGACUCUGCUAAUGAUUCUGAAGACACGUCAGGCUAUGACAGUACAGCUAGUGAGCCCCUUGGUGGGCGCUUGGCAUACCUGUCUCCAGACAGCGUGACCCUGCCAUCCAAAGAACAGAUACGAAAGGCGGCUGAUGUUUGGUCAGUGUGUCGGUGUGUCUACCUGGCCAACCCGUUGUUCCAGAGACAGUUCUUCAGACUAGGAGGGUUGGAUGUUUGUUUGCGCCUUAUGAGCAUGGUUAUUCAGAAGCUUUCCAGUAAAACCAAGGAUGGCAAAGCAAGGAAGAAGAAGGAACUCAAGGCCAAAAGUAGCCCAGAAUUCACUGUCCCAGUCACUCUGUUGGGAGUAGAUGAACCAGGUCAAGAUUCAGUUAACAGCGCUCCAGCUGAGGGGAAAACCAGAGAUCCAACAAAGAGGCUGGAGGAAGAGUGGCAGUUACAAAGUAUUCGCCUUCUUGAGGCCUUAUUGGCCAUUUGUCUUCACAGUGCCAACUCAGCCCUGCAGAGAACAGACUCAGAGCUUUCUUAUCAGCUCCAGUCAGUGGGAGAUACCCUGUUAGAAGUGAGAGACCAGCUCUCUUGCUCAGGGGUAGUAAGCUCUGACCUUGCUGUGCCACUCUUUGAUUCUCUGCUGAGAGUGGCUUUGGCCGACGUGUCAUCCUCUCCCGAUCCCCCUGAGGAAAAGCAAGUCUGGGUGAGUCCUGCCUUUGGAGAUGCUAAGCUCCAAGUGUUGGCUGAAGGGGCCGCCCCAGCCGGAGAUCUAUCAGAGGAGGUGGACGGCGUUCAGAGCUGUGGCGUCAAGCCCGCUGGGGAGGAGGAAGAGGAGGAGGAGGGCUACGACGCCGACAGCGAAAGCAACCCUGAGGACAUGGCCAACCAGGAAGAGGGAUUGAAGGUGGAGUCUGUGCAGCGUGAGUUUGCGACAGUGGCAGACGGUCCCGGGCGUGGCGUGCUGCUUUUUCCAGAGAUCUGUACAAUCGAGUUGCAACUACUGGCCACCGGCUCCCCAGACCUGGAGGUAGUGAGUCAUGUGUUUCACAGCCUGCUCGGUGCAGUUCGCGCCAACAACCACAAUGCUACUCUGCUCUAUGACCAGGGAGGAGUCAAAACCAUCCUGUCUGGCUUUCAUAACAUACUUAGCCAAGCAGACCACUCUCUGAAAGACUGUCAGACUGUUAUAGUGGAGCUGCUGGUUGCCAUGGUGAGCCAGCGAAUCACAGCAGAGGAACUGGCCCUAUUGAUUCGUCUCUUCCUGGACAAAACCCCACCUACUGAGAUUUUAUUGAAGGGCAUCUUACAAAUUGUUGAAGCCAAUGUGACCAUAGAGCCCCUUCACCUGCUGGACUUUCCAAUAAUCCUUGGGGCCUCAACACCAGGAGGACUGUCUCCUAGUUCCAGAUCAAAUGGCACUGCUGGAGGGAAAAGUGUUGGUCUGCUCUGGAAGAGCAAACUGUCUCCUGGUCGCAGGGAGGGAGACAGCGAGUACAGAACAGGUCACCUGCGUUCCUCUCCCUGGCACACUGCUCCUCUCCACUUGCCCUUGGUGGGGCAGAACUGCUGGCCUCACAUGGCUAGUGGCUUCAGUGCCUCCAUGUGGCUGAGGGUGGUGGAGCAAGAGGAAAGAGCAGGGAACACACACAAGGAAAGGAGGAACCCUCCUGCCACUGAAUCUCACCAUGGCUCGCCACAGGCUGGAAAAAAAGUAGUGGAGGAAGCCCUAAUUCAUAUUCUAUCCAUGGGCUCAAAAGCACUGAUGCUUCAAGUGUGGGCGGACUUCUCUACUGGGUCACUCACAUUCAGGGUUUGUAUAGACCCAAAUGACGAGAUAAAAGCAGGGUUGUUGGCACAGGCAGACUCUGUUGAGGGACUUCUCCAGCCUGGCCAAUGGCAGCAUCUCGGCCUCACUUACACCCAGCAGCCUGAGGGCAAGAAGAACAUCCAUGGUCGUGUGGUUGUCUGGGUGUGCGGCAUCAUGAAAUGUGAAGUUUUUUUGGACUACACCUUACCUCGAAAGUCCAGUUUAUCCUCUGACAGCAACAAGACCUUCUGUAUGUUGGGCCAUUGUAUCCCAUCUUGUGAGGAGGUGACAAAACAGCAUUUAAACUGGAGCAUGGGAACGGUGCUCCUCUUCAAUGGGGCCAGAGUAGGGUCCGAGGAGGCUUUUUUCCUGUACACUAGUGGGCCUGACCUCACCUCAAUCAUGCCCUGCAAUUAUGGCAGACUUCCAGGGUCAUUCUCCAAGUUUGUCACUCAAGAAGGACUCAAGUGUGACAGAGUACGGGAGCUUCUGAUGAAAAGCAAGGAUGUGGAUACAACAGCUUUAGUUGAGAGCCUGGCAGUUGUGUAUGCUCCCAGCAGUCCUAGGGUCUAUACUAUCUAUGAGCCUGUAAUUAGACUGAAGGGACAAGCCAAGACCGUGGUUACCCAGCGGCCCUUCAGCUCCAGAGAAGUGCAAAGCGUUUCUUUAGAGCCCAGCGCUCUCAAGGCUCUGCUGCCCACUGAAACCCAAGGCCUGCAGAGUGUCCUGCACAAGAUUGGCGGGACAGGAAAUGUUGUUUUCCUCUUUGCACAGACGGUGGAGCUGAGUGACUGUGAGAUGACCCAGGCUUUGGCCUUGCAGAUACUCUUGUCUCUGUCCAAGUUCAACCAGCAUCGCAUCUAUGAAAUGGAGUAUUACCACGGCUACUCUAUGAUACACCAAGUACUCAUCAAGUCCAAAUGUAUCGUUGGAUAUCAUAUGCUGAAAACUCUGCUAGAUGGGUGUUGCAGCGGACCCAUCUUAAUCCUAGCAGAUGACGGUCAGUUCCGUUUGGACUCAGAGUCCAUUGCUGUGGUGCAGAACAUCAGGCUUCUCUCAGACAUCCUUUUGGAUUGGAAAAUCUGGGCCAAAGCGGAGUGUGGCGUGUGGGAGACAUUGCUGUCUGCUUUGGAGAUCCUCAUCAGGGUGCACCAUCCUUACCAGGUCUUCAAUAUCCGUCAGUUCUUGAAGGCUGAAGUGGUGCACCGCUUCCUGCUUACCUGCCAAGUGCUACAGGAGCAUCGGGAUGAGCACCUUACUGCCAUUCCACAGGAAGUCUGUUUGUCAUUCGUCAAAAUAAUCCAGGAAGUGCUAGGAUCGCCGCCACACCUGGAUUUACUCAAAAUUAUCUAUAACUUCCUGCUGGCAGUUCACCCACCUACCAACACCUACGUCUGCCACACUCCGUCCAGCUUCUACUUCUCACUGCACAUAGAUGGGAAGCUGUAUCACGACAAGGUGCAGUCUAUUAUGUACCUGCGACACUCAAACAGUGUAGGGAAGUCUACCAGCAGUUCAGUGGUGUCUCUUUCCCCAACCGUCUUUACUGACGCUCUCCACGAUGGGCAUCUCCAUGGUCCUUCGCCUGAGGAUCAGUCCUUGCGCCCACCCAGCCUUGCACCAUCGCCAUACUCGUCCCCUUUGCUGACACCCCGCCUCACUCACAGUGGCUUGAAUGAGGCUGCCGACAUUGAGCAACUGUCGCUCACCACCCAUCAGGCUCUGGGCAGUACUGAAACACUCAAGAAGGGAGGAGGUGACGAGCAGCUCCUCAGCAGUUGUGAAUCAGCGAAAACGAUAUGUGACUCGAGGGACAUUGGCAAUGAAGGAGCUCGACGCACCCCGUCAAUCAGUGUGGAAGAGGAGCGAGAUGAGACCACGGAGGUGGACAGCCUGGCAGAAGGGAGCGUGGGUGUUGCAGAGUCUGAGGACAGAUUUGACUGGGCCAGUGAGGAGGCACCUCGACGCCCUGACAGCUUAAAGGGUAUCCAGUCCUUCCAGAGGAGCCACAGCAACCUGGCCAGUUUGGGAUUGGCUUUCCCGGCUCCAAAUGGCUCAUUGGCAGGCAGUCGCUGGCCCAGCGCAGCUGAUCGAAACUCUGUACCUGAAGACUGUGAAAGUUACACCUACUCUCCUGGUUAUGAGAGGCCGCACAGCAAAACUGAUUCCAAUGAUCGGUCCAAUACAGAGGACUGCCUGGUGCUUAUCUGCUCUGGCCUCUAUGACCUUCUGAGGGGUGUCCUCCUGCUGCUGCCAGACCUCAUGCUCGAGGAAGUGAUGGACAAGCUGAUCCAGCCAGAGGCCCUAAUUGUCCUGGUCAACCAUUCAUCCCCUGUUAUCCAGCAAGGGGUCAUGAAGCUGCUGGAUGCAUACUUCGGUAGAGCCAAUAAGGAGCAGAAGGAGAAAUUCCUGAAGAAUCACGGUUUCUCCCUGUUGGCCAACCAACUGUACAUCCACCAGGGCAGUCAGGGGUUAAUCGAGUGCUUCCUUGAGAUGCUUUUUGGCCGGGCAGUAGGCCUAGAGGAAGAUCUGGAUCUGGAGGAAAUGGAAACAAUCUCCCCAUUCACAAAGCGUUGCAUCAUCCCAGUGUUGGGUCUUAUUGAGAACUCCUUAUGUGAGAACUCCUUAGUGCACAACAUCCUCUGUAUGCUACUGCAGCUCCUCAACGCCUACCCGAAGCUGGCAGACAUCCUGCUUGAUCACGGGCUGCUCUAUGUGCUCUUCAACACCUUCUCCACCCUCAACGGCAUGGAGACCGGCAUUCCACUGAAUGAUUACAAGCUCCUCGUGUGUGACAUCCAGCAGCUGUUAGUAGCUGUAACUAUCCACUCCUGCAGCUCUUCAGGGUCCCAAUAUUUCCGCAUCAUUGAAGAUCUCAUUACCUUGCUCGGUUUCAUGCAGACCAGCAAGAUGCGUCGCACACAGGAGAUGGCAGUCGCUUUGCAGUUUCGGGUCCUUCAGUCUGCUAUUGAGUUCAUAAAGACGACAGCCAAUCAGGGACCUCAAAAGCUGAGCAGCUCGCAUAAUGCACCAAGCUCUCCGCAUCACACCAUUUAUCAGAAAAGGAAGAGCAUUGCAGGUUCCAUUGCCUUGAAAGACUCCAUUAUCCCUCGCAUCCCCAGGCAGCACUACUGCUCCUACGGCCAGAUCCCCUUGCCCUCUCCCUUCAACUUCCUGUCCCAGGACUCCCCCAUCCCCUCCCCCACUGGGGCUCCAUCCUACAUGUUCCACUGUGAUGCAGGCCGGCGACGCUUCUCUCUGGCCCAGACUGACUCUCUGCUGAUGCGGAUGCGCUCUGUAGCCAGUGACGAGCUCAACCAGAUGAUGCAGAGGAGGAUGAGCCAGGAGAACCCCAUUCGUGCUAGUGAGACUGAGUUUGUACAGCGACUGCAGAGGCUUGUGGUCCUUGCUGUCAACAGACUCAUUUACCAUGAUGUCAGUCAGGAUUUAUUUGACCUGCUGAACAUCCCUGACUCCCCAGACCAACAGCUUUUCACACCAGAACUGGGAGACCAUUCACAUGAAGAGAGCAGCUCUGCCUCUGCCCCACACUCACCCACUCCCUUCACACUGCCACCUGCCAGCAAGAAGAGUUUGCAGAAAGACAUUCUCAAACUCAUGAUGGAUGGGAUCAAAAUCAGCCUGGGAAGUACUGGUCGAGGGGGAGCGCCACAUCAGCAGUGGCGAAGGAUCUUGUGGUCGUGCCGGGACACGUUCCGGGUCCAAAUUGGUCGCUUGUUGGUGCACGCACUGAGUCCUGCCCGUCCCUUGUCCGAUAGGAAGGAAGCACUGGAAUUUGUUUUUGAUCCAAGACAUUUGGACAUCCUAAAAGAGAGCCUCAGCCCCGGCCUAGAGCAUGGACCCAAGUUGUCACUGUACCUCUAUGAAAUGCUGCACGAUCACAAGGAGAGCCUCACCAAAGAUGAACAGAAUUCUGUGGGCGUAUUCAUGACCUCGCUCAAGCUUUGUGGUCACCGCUGCAUCCCCCCCAACGCGCCACACAAGCAGGAGCUUCUCAAAGCCAUUAAAGAGGAAAAAUUCAAGUAUGAAGGAGAGGAGAAUACAAGUAAGGAAGCGUGGGAAAAGAAAAUGACCAACUCUCAAAAGAAUCUCAUCCAGAGGCUAGAGGGAAAGUCCAAAGAUAUUUCGAAGAUCGCGGCUGACAUCACACAGAAUGUGUCUCUGCGGCAAGGCAUGGAGAGAAAGAAAGUCAUCCAGCACAUCAGAGGCCUCUACAAGACAGACCUGAGCGCCAGCCGGCACUGGCAGGAGCUGGUGCAGCAACUCACGCAUGACCGUGCUGUUUGGUAUGACCAGACAUCUUACCCUACGUCCUGGCAGUUGGACCCAACUGAAGGGCCUAACCGUGAACGGCGGCGAUUGCAAAGAUGCUACCUCACCAUCCCAAACAAAUACUUGCUCAAAGACAGACGUAAGCCUGAAGACACGGUGAAACCGCCACUCUCAUUCCUGUUUGAGGAUAAGACACACUCAUCUUUCUCCUCCACUGUGAAAGACAAAGCCACCAGCGAACCCAUCAGGUUUACCAGACGCUGCAUGAGUGUGGCCCCCUCCAGAGAGACAGCAGGGGAGCUGCUUCUUGGCAAGUCUGGAAUGUACUUUGUCGAGGACAAUGCUGCAGACGCUCACGACGGCCAGAGCCUUGACGGUGAGACUGAGGCGCCCUCUUUCUCUUGGACCUAUGAGGAGAUCAAAGAGGUGCACAAGCGAUGGUGGCAGCUGAGAGACAACGCUGUGGAGAUAUUCCUCACCAACGGCCGAACGCUGCUCUUAGCCUUUGACAACAGCAAGUUCCGUGAUGACGUGUAUCACAACAUCCUGACGUCUGAUUUGCCCAACCUGCUGGAGCACGGCAACAUCACGGCACUCACACAGCUGUGGGGCUCGGGGCAGAUCUCCAACUUUGAGUAUCUCACGCAUCUCAACAAGCACGCUGGCCGCUCCUUCAACGACCUCAUGCAGUACCCGGUGUUCCCUUUCAUCUUGCGAGACUACACCAGUGAGACGCUGGAUCUGCAGGACCCCAACAUCUACAGGAAUUUGAGCAAGCCAAUAGCCGUCCAGUCAAAAGAGAAGGAAGAUCGCUAUGUGGACAAUUUCAGAUAUUUGGAAGACGAGUACAGGAAGGGCAUCCGGGAGGAUGACCCCAUGCCUCCCGUCCAGCCUUACCAUUACGGCUCUCACUACUCCAACAGCGGCACUGUGCUGCACUUCUUGGUGCGAAUGCCGCCUUUCACCAAGAUGUUUCUCGCCUACCAGGAUCAGAGCUUUGAUAUCCCGGACCGGACAUUUCACUCCAUGAACACCACGUGGCGUCUCUCAUCCUACGAGUCCAUGACAGAUGUGAAGGAGCUCAUCCCAGAGUUCUUCUACCUCCCAGAAUUCUUGGUCAACAGAGAGGGUUUUGAUUUUGGGGUUCGUCAGAACAGCGAGAGGGUAAACCAUGUGAAUUUGCCUCCCUGGGCCCGGAACGACCCACGUCUCUUCAUCCUGAUUCACCGCCAGGCGCUGGAAUCCGACCAUGUUUCUCAGACACUGUGUCAGUGGAUCGACCUAGUGUUUGGACUCAAGCAGAAAGGCAAAGCUGCAGUCCAAGCUAUCAACGUCUUCCACCCAGCGACCUAUUUUGGAAUGGACGUUUCGGCGGUAGAAGACCCAGUUCAGCGAAGAGCACUAGAAACCAUGAUCAAGACAUACGGACAAACUCCCAGGCAGCUUUUCAGCGCUUCCCACAUCAGCAGGGCUGGUCCCAAACUCAUGAUGGAGGGCGAGCUGCCGGCCGCCAUGGGUCUCCUGGUUCAGUUCGCCUUUAGGGAAACCAGAGAGCAGGCCAAGGAGAUCAUCUGUCCGAGCCCACUGCCAUGGAUCAAAGGUCUGAAGUGGGGCGAGUACGUGGGGUCUCCCAGCGCUCCUGAUCCGGUCGUGUGCUUCAGCCAGCCUCAUGGCGAGAGAUUUGGAUCGCUGCUGGCUCUGCCUACGCGGGCUAUCUGCGGACUGUCACGCAAGUUCUGCCUCCUGAUGAUUUACAGCAAGGAGCAGGGUGUUCGCAGCAUGCACAGCACAGACAUCCAGUGGUCAGCCAUCUUGAGUUGGAGCUACGCAGAUAACAUACUGAGGCUGAAGAGCAAACAGAGCGAACCGCCGAUCAACUUUAUUCAGUGCUCCCCACUGCAUCAGGUGAGCAGCUGUGCCUGGGUGCCUGAUGGCUGCCAGCUAUUUAUGGGAAGCAAGUGUGGAGUCAUCACCGCCUACAGCAACCGCUUCAUUAGCGCCACGUCAGAGAUGGAGGUAGAGUCUCAGGUCCACCUAUACGGACACACGGGGGAAGUCACUGGCCUGUUUGUGUGCAAACCUUACAGCAUCCUCAUCAGCAUCAGUACUGAUGGUACCUGCAUCCUGUGGGACCUCAACAGGCUCUGUUAUGUGCAAAGCCUCACUGGCCACAAAAGCCCUGUGACGGCAGUUUCUGCCAGUGAGACCACAGGCGACAUCGCAACAGUUUGUGACUCAGUGGUGGGAGGUAGCGACCUGCGCCUGUGGACCGUUAACGGAGACCUCAUCGGUCACGUGCACUGCAGAGAGAUCAUUUGCUCCGUAGCGUUCUCCAAUCAGCCGGAGGGCGUAUCGGUCAACGUCAUUGCUGGCGGGCUGGAAAAUGGCGUUGUCAGACUUUGGAGCACGUGGGACUUGAAACCAGUGAGAGAGAUCACCUUUCCCAAGUCGUCCAAACCCAUCAUCAGCCUGACGUACUCGUGUGACGGCCACCACCUGUACACAGCCAACAGCGAGGGCACCGUGAUGGCCUGGUGUCGGCGGGACCAGCAGCGCAUGAAGCUGCCCAUGUUCUACUCUUUCUUGAGCAGCUACGCCGCAGGCUGAGUGGGUGUAUAUGUGUUUGUGUGUGUGUGCACAUGUGAGCGUGUGAGAGACGGUUACUACCUUGCAGGUGUAUCCUCACUUCCACCUUGGCAAGAGAAGCUGCUCUUCCUCCCUCCUCCUCCCAUGGAGAGAAACAAAUGACAGCCUCAAUACCCUGCUUGACUUUUACCUCAAGCCGUCCCCAGCCAUAUUAUACAUAUAUAAAUAUAUACAUAUAGUACAUAGAGGAAUGUUUGGUCGUGGCUGCAAUAGACACUUUAUUUUUUCUCUUUUGUUUUCCUUGCCUGACAUUUAUUUUUCCCUGUUUAAGCUGCUAGCUUGGCUAAAAAGCCAAACGUCCCCCUCCGGGCUUCGCCUUUUGUGCAGCGGGGCCCCUGAGAAAGGACGGGCUGACGUGUUACUACUGCAUGCUGCAAUGACGCUUGACUGCACUGAGGUGACGCGCUCGUUGAACUCACCUUUUAGCCGGUGUGGAAUGUUGAUGUCGCUUUUGUUUUUUGGAAAUCGUCUGCAGGCCAACACACUACAUGCACCCUCUUACGACACAGUUAACCAACAGCAUUGACUUCCGAGUCUCCAGAAUCUGAGCCGUUGUAUUUUUUUUAUUUUAUUUUUUUUUAAACUUCACACAGUGUUGAAGUGCAUCGUCUCCAUCCCGAGCCUCCCGUCUGCUCUCAAACAGGCGACCAACUGGCUCCCUCCUUUCAUGCAGCUAUUCUUUUACUUGCCCUCACUAUUUUGCGGCACUUUUACUUUGUCCAUGUCAAUUGAAAAAGCAGUCACGUUACUUUCAGCUCGCCCAACCACUGUUUUACGUCAUGUCAAACUAGUCGUCUUUGAUUUGUUUCCAAGUGUCAUCUGCAGAGAGCAAUAUCAGAUUACAUGCAAUAGGUCCUCAUUUUUGUUAUUGUGGGUUUUGCCUUUCAAGCCUGCUGCGUCGAUGUCUUGCGUUUCACUCUUGUUUACAAGAAAGGGAAUAUUUGUUUGAGACUUUCCUCCUUGCGAUGGUAUUCUUUGUGUUUCCGCCUCUUACAUGCAGCGUCACCACUGCACAGGAGCACCCUUUGUUUACUUUUUCCUUACGUGUCCAUUCUUUUCCACAAUGAGACAUUUUACAAGAAUCUUUUUUUUUUUUUUUUUUUCUCGUGAUUUCUAAGAGGGUGACAGAACGAAGGAUGAUGUGAUAUUACUUUUUUUCCCUCGAUAAACUUGAGCUAUGCAUAAAUGAAGUUUGUUGAAUGGUGUGGGAUCUAAUUGAUCUCACAGGCCUGACUGCAGUUCGGACUAAGUUUGACAGGUCAUGUUUUGUUUGUAUAUGUGUGUGUGUGAACACAUUAAAUGAGCAUAUUCUAAAUAUAUAAACAGAUAUGUAUAAAAAAUUUGAACUAUUA